GCCCUAAUUUCUGGGCCGCUGGCCCGGGUCACCUUCUGGAGUCCACGGCCUGGCUGGCCCGGGCAGGGUGCGCCCCCUCCCCUCAGCGGUGACCGGCCGGCCCCACCCCCGCCGAGACCAAGUUCAACAAGUUUGGCCAAGAAGUCCUAGAGCCUCCAUGGCUAGGCCUGGCCCGGUCGCUUCGCGUGGGCUCCACCGGCUACGAGUUGUGCAGCUCCGGGCCGGCAGGAGGGCCGGUCGAAGGGCGCCGUCCAUAAGGGUUGAUUGAGGCCAGAGACGGGCGCCACUGGGCUCCGAAGUUUGGUGUGGAGGCUCCGGGUUUGGAGUGCGUCAUCAGGGAGCAGGCACCUCAGGCGGCAGCUUCAAGGCAGAAUCACAGUGGCAGCUUUGAGAGUUGGACAUCCGGGUCCCCGAAAGUGAUCUCUAGGCCCCAGCACCCAUCCGCCACCAUUCCGUGCUGCAGGGACGCCAUGGCUCCAGAGGAAGACGCUGGAGGGGAGGCCCUGGAGGGCAGUUUCUGGGAGGCUGGCAACUAUAGGCGGACCGUGCAGCGGGUGGAGGACGGGCAUCGGCUAUGCGGGGACUUGGUCAGCUGCUUCCAGGAGCGUGCUCGCAUCGAGAAGGCGUAUGCUCAGCAGCUGGCUGACUGGGCCCGCAAGUGGAGGGGCGCUGUGGAAAAGGGCCCCCAGUACGGCACGCUGGAGAAGGCCUGGCACGCCUUCUUCACCGCGGCCGAGAGGCUGAGCGCGCUACACCUGGAGGUGCGGGAGAAGCUGCAGGGCCAGGACAGCGAGCGGGUGCGCGCGUGGCAGCGGGGGGCCUUCCACCGGCCAGUGCUGGGGGGCUUCCGCGAGAGCCGGGCUGCCGAGGACGGCUUCCGCAAGGCCCAGAAGCCCUGGCUCAAGAGGCUGAAGGAGGUUGAGGCUUCCAAGAAGAGCUACCAUGCAGCACGGAAGGAGGAGAAGACGGCGCAGACUCGGGAGAGCCACGCGAAGGCCGACAGUGCCGUGUCGCAGGAGCAGCUGCGCAAACUGCAGGAGCGGGUGGAACGCUGCGCCAGGGAGGCCGAGAAGAUGAAGAGCCACUACGAGCAGACACUGGCGGAGCUGCAUCGCUACACCCCGCGCUACAUGGAGGACAUGGAGCAGGCCUUUGAGAGCUGCCAGGCGGCCGAGCGCCAGCGGCUUCUCUUCUUCAAGGAUAUGCUGCUUGCCUUGCACCAGCACCUCGACCUCUCCAGCAGCGAGAGGUUCCAUGAACUCCACCGAGACCUGCAUCAGGGCAUCGAGGCAGUCAGCGACGAGGAGGAUUUGCACUGGUGGCGCAGCACCCACGGGCCAGGCAUGGCCAUGAACUGGCCGCAGUUCGAGGAGUGGUCCUUGGAUACACAGAGGACAAUUAGCAGGAAGGAGAAAGGUGGCCGGAGCCCUGAUGAGGUUACUCUGACCAGCAUCAUGCCCACAAGAGAUGGCGCUGCACCCCCACCCCAGUCCCCGGGGUCCCCAGGCGGUGGGCAGGAUGAGGAGUGGUCGGAUGAGGAGAACCCCCGGAAGGCUGCCACCGGGGUGCGGGUGCGGGCGCUCUAUGACUACGCUGGCCAGGAAGCUGAUGAGCUGAGCUUCCGAGCAGGGGAGGAGCUGCUGAAGAUGAGCGAGGAGGAUGAGCAGGGCUGGUGCCAGGGCCAGCUGCAGAGUGGCCGCAUUGGUCUGUACCCGGCCAAUUACGUGGAGUGUGUGGGGGCCUGACCUCCCAUGACAGCCCUUCUGCAGCGUUUCUCCACCCCGCAUCAGGGCCCUGCUUCUCUUGGACAGCUGGACCUGAAGGCCCUGGACCAUGGUGCCCCUUGCUGCCCUUCUGUCCAUUGAGGAAGGAGGAAGUCCUGGGCCCAGGGUGGGGAGCGGCCUGCAUCUAGAAAGGGACUGGUAGGGAAAGGCCAACUGAGUCUAGGCUGAGGGGAAGAUGGGGGAGGUCAGGAGGUGACAGAAGGGCUCAGGGGUGCCCGGGCCUCUCCAGGAAUGGGUGGUCUCCCCAGGAGCUGUGGACCCAGUUUCUGGUCUCAGUGUUUUGGGGUUCCUGGGGUGGUCUUGGGGUGAGCGUAGUUCUGGGCUAGCGGCACUCUCUUGUGGUUUGUUCUAGUGUGUAUUAAACUUGGAGAAAAAACCCAA